AUGCACUAUUCCACCCUCGCUUUUGCGGUAAGCCUCGGCUUAGCCGCCGCCCACGGUGCUGAUGGCGACCGUCAGGCAGCUCCCCAACUCAUGGCCGGAAGACGGGCCAUGCAGGAGUUCACCGCUGUGCGUCGUCAGGUCCAGCGCCGCGCCGCUCACGUCGAGCCGGUUCACGAGGCCUCGGAGCUUGAGAUCCGCCAGUCUGUCGGCCGUUGCGGUCCGGACCACGACAACGCGGUCUGCGACGACGGCUACUGCUGUUCCAGCGCAGGAUGGUGUGGCCAGGGAUACCUCUACUGCUCUGCGCCGUCAUGCCUGAUUGAGUUUGGUCCGGCAUGCGAUGCCAACAUCCGUCCCGACGGACCGGAUACGGCAAACAUCGCGCGCCCCAGGCUCGGUUCUGUGCCUUAUGGUGAGGCCAUCUAUCACUGCGAGGAGUACGGCGAUAUUGCCCUCACUUUCGACGAUGGCCCUUACAUCUACACUGAGGACUUGCUGAACAAGCUCAAGGCCUACGACGCCAAGGCCACGUUCUACAUCACCGGCAACAACCUGGGCAAGGGCAAGAUCAACGACCCGUCUACCAACUGGCCGGCUCUGAUCAAGCGUAUGAUUGCCGAGGGCCACCAGGUUGCCAGCCACACAUGGUCUCACCAGAGACUCACAACCGUGAGCGCUGAGAAGUUCCGCAACCAAAUGAUCUACAAUGAGAUCGCCUUCGCCGACUUGCUGGGCUACUUCCCGACCUACAUGAGACCCCCUUACUCUGCCUGUGAUGCCACCUGCGAGGGCUACCUCGACGACCUUGGCUACCACAUCACCUACUUCAACCUGGACACUGAGGGCUAUCUGCACGACAGCGCUCAGCUCAUCCAGACCUCCAAGGAUAUUUGGGAUACCAACGUCGAGGGCAAGGACCCCGUCAACACCAAAUGGCUUCAGAUCGAGCAUGACCCCGUCUACCAGACCGUCUACAACUUGACGGACUACAUGCUCGAGUCCCUCUUCCGCAAUGGCUUCAAGUCUGUCACGGUCGGCGACUGCCUCAAGGAUCCCAAGGAGAACUGGUACCGUUCCGUCGGCGACGCCCCUCCUCCCAGCGGUACCACCACCACGCGCGCCACCAACACCGUCUCCAGCACCUCCCAAGCCGUCUCUCCCACAGGCAGUCUCCCUGCCUCCACAGAUGGCCGCUGCGGCCCUAACUUCGGCACGCAGUGUUUCUCGGAGCCAGGCGCCACGUGCUGCUCCGGUGCGGGAUGGUGUGGAAACACGGCUGACCACUGCGGCGCGUCUUGCAAUCCUCUGUAUGGCAACUGCGCUGCCUCCAACCCGGGGGUGUCGACCUCAAGCGCACCUGUGAGCUCCGCGUCGUCGACCCCGGCGAGCGGCCCUUCCAGCACCAGCUCGGUUACCGGUCCUUUGGGCACCCCUCCCGCGACUACGAACGGACGCUGCGGUGCCACGCAGGGAUACACGACGUGUAUCAAGGAGCCUUUGGGCGCUACAUGCUGUAGCCAGUACGGUUGGUGUGGAAGCAGUGCCGAUCACUGCGGCACGGGAUGCCAGGCUGCCUUUGGCACCUGCACCUGA